UCACGAAUAGCGGUAAUAGGCUCUGAAAUUUCGAUCACGAAUAGCGGUGAUAGAAUCUGAAAUUUCGAAUAUUUGAUUAUCCUCGGUUUCGCGAUCUAAGCGCAACUUUGGGUACAAUUCUUGGAUUAUUUUUUAAUUCCUCAGACUGCGCUGUGCCAUCCGUAUUUAGUGCAUAUUGCCGAGACUCAAAAAGUGUAAACGAAUAACCUUAACACACGGCGUGACAUUCAUUAGAACUUCUACAGCAAAAAACCUGACUGAAAAAGUCCGUCUAAAAAUAUGAAUGUGAAUAAUUCAGGAUUUAGAAUAAGAAACCACGUACUAGAGGGCGAACAAGUCUCUUACAACGCCAAUUAUAACAGUGUUGGAAAAUUUGUACUGGAUAGACUAGAAAGCAAUCCAGCCUUGACGGGUCAGAUUGAUACCGCUACUGGCGAAAUAUACACUUUCGGAAAAAUGAGAGAGCGAAGCGUUAGAUGCGCCCUAUGGAUGAAGUCCCAGGGUCUGAUUCCACGAGACGUCAUUGCGAUCUAUUCCGAACAUCAACUCGAUGCAAUGAUACCUUGCUACGCAGCAUUGUAUCUUGGGGCUAUUUUUACUGCUUCGGAUGUAGCGUUGGAAACGUCUGACUUUUAUCACCGGUUGAGUGUCACUAAACCAAAAAUAAUAUUCGUCAGUGAGAAAGGAGUUGCGGCUGUAGAGGAAUCGGUUAAAGCAACAAAACUUGAUGCAAAAAUAGUCGUCUUUGGCCGUUGUACGGGUUUCAUUGAUUUCGAAAGCGCAAUCGCAAAACAAGAUGCCGAAGAGGUGAUGAAUUUUAAGUGUACCCCGAUCGAGUCUUCGAGGGAGAUUGCUUUAAUUCUAUUUUCUUCUGGAACAACGGACCUGCCAAAAGAUCCUGCAAUGAGCCACGCCGCUCUCCUGAUGCAGUUUUGCAUAAAAUCCGAAAUUUUUGGAAUGGAUGGAAAGAUUUGCUUGUACCUUCCACACUUUAGUUGGAUCACUGGACUACACUGCUCUUUUAUGAGUCUAGGUUGGGGUAUACCUAGGUUGAUAACAAAAGUCUUUGACGAACCCUCAAUUUUCGCCAUAAUCGAAAAAUACAAAGUGAACUGGCUUCACGUGAGUCCCGGCAUGCUCAACAGAUUCUUAAAAUCUGACGUAUUGGGCCUCUACGAUCUUUCUUCUUUAACUCGAGUGAUUUUUAGUGGAACACCGCUCUCCACAACGUCUUACGAAGCUUUGUCCAAGCGCUUCCCGAAGAUCCAGAUCGUUGUAAAUUACGGCACGACGGAAGUUGGAUGUGUUUCACUCCAGUCGCUGGACUCAGGGCUUACCACCUUCUGCGGUAAAAUUGUGGAAAAUGCAAAGUUGAAGGUAAUCGAUCCGGAUACCAACCGCUUGUUGGGUCCCAGUGAAAAAGGUGAACUACUGCUGAAGAGCACCUUCAUGAUGAACUCUUAUUAUGAGAAUCCUGAAGCCACAGCCGAGAUCGUUGACGAGGAAGGAUGGGUCCACUCUGGAGAUUUCGGUUACUACGAUGAGAAUGGGAACGUUUUCGUGAUUAACAGAAUUAAGGAGAUUAUAUGGUAUCAUGGUCGCAAUGUAUAUCCAUCCGAAAUCGAGAAUCUGAUACUGACUCAUCCUGGAGUCAUGGAAGUGGCUGUUGUAGGCCAACCGCAUCUUGAUGAUGUGGAACAUCCGAUAGCGUUUGUGGUCAGGGUAACUGGCUCUGACAUACGUGAGGAGAUCACUGAAACCGAAAUAGUUGAUUUGGUAGCCGCAAGGAUGCCAGACCACUAUCGACUUCGUGGUGGCGUUACGUUUCUCGAGGAUAUUCCCAAAACUUCGACCGGAAAGUUCCAACGCCGAAAACUAAGAGAUUUGGUGAGGGCCAUGGUGACACCUUGAAUUUACCUGUUUAGCAAUAAACUACGUUAGUUAUUUUGUAUCCAGCCCAGUAAUUCUUAAGAAAAUAUUAUUAAGCUUGUAUAACAGACAAAUCUCCUAUCUGAUAACGAUCGCUACAUUUUAUAUUCAAUAAUAUGAAUAUGUGGAAUGAGGAUAUAAAA